AUGCGUGAUCAUUACGAGAACGGUAUUUCUACACGUACGAUCGGCCACUAUAGCAACACCUCUGCUGAUGAUUUCGUCAACAACCUCGUCGACAAGGAGGUCGAUCAGUAUACCUCGUCUGGCUCCGAUGGCGUUAUCAGUCAGGGCGUCAACAAUGCCGUGAAUACAUAUCUCUACCUCUGA